AUGGUUCAUUGCAAGGCGGUACAACUGGUGGCAUGGGAGCGGUUCUCAAGAUGGACACGUCUGGUUCGAGCGGUAGGAUACGUCCAUCGAUACGCGCAGAACUUACGGCGGACGGCGAGCAAGGGAUCAAGUCAAACCGGCCCGCUUUCACAAGAAGAGUUGGCUAAGGCGGAAACAACCAUCUAUCGUUGGAUGCAGCGCGAACGUUAUGCAGAUGAAGUGACGGUGCUGUUACAGAACAAGGGCAAGCAGUUGCAGGAACAGCAGCGGAUGGAGAGGACCAGUAUUAUUCGCAAGCUAUCGCCGUUCCUAGACGAGUCGGGCAUCAUCCGUUCAGAUAGUCGGAUCGCUGCUGCAACUUUCGUUGCUUACGACACCAGAUGUCCUAUAAUUUUGCCCAAAGAUCAUUUUGGCACACGGCUGUUAGUCGACUGCUACCAUCAGAAGUACUUACAUGCAAACGGUGAGACAGUCGUAAACGAGAUAAGACAGCGUUUCCACAUUUCACAGCUCAGGUCCUUCGUGCGCAAGGUAGCAAAAGAAUGCAAACUGUGCAAGGUAAAGAAGCCGAGUCCAGCUGUACCUCGAAUGGCACCGCUCCCUGCAGCUAGAUUGCAGGCGUUCGUGCGUCCGUUUUCGUACGUAGGCGUCGAUUACUUCGGACCAAUCGCCGUAAGAGUAAACCGUAGUACAGCCAAACGAUGGGUUGCACUAUUUACGUGCAUGACGACCCGCGCAGUACAUCUCGAGGUCGUUCACACGCUUUCCGCUGAGUAUUGUAAGAUGGCGACAAGACGUUUCAUCGGACGCAGAGGAGCACCAACGGAAAUACGAAGCGACCGAGGCACGAACUUCGUAGGAGCGAGCAACGAGUUGAAGAAGGAGAUGAACGAGAUCGAUCGCCAGUUAGCCGAAACAUUCACAAACGCGAACACGAAGUGGCUGUUCAACCCGCCAGGUACGCCCCACAUGGGUGGGGCCUGGGAGCGCCUUGUCCGCUCGGUAAAAACUGCUCUUGCCGCAAUGGACACUCCACGGAUACCGAACGAAGAAACGUUGGCGACGGUACUGAUAGAAGCAGAGAGUGUAGUGAAUUCGAGGCCACUAACGUACAUCCCUUUGGAGUCGGCACAGCAGGAAGCGCUUACGCCGAAUCAUUUUCUUCUGCUCAGCUCCAGUGGCGUAACGCAGACCCCGAGGAUGCUGGAAAACCCGCAGUUAGCUAGUAGGAACGACUGGAACCUAUGCCGAUCCAUGGUCGACCAAUUCUGGCAACGGUGGGUACGAGAGUACCUUCCAACCAUCGCACGUCGUACGAAGUGGUUCGAAGAGGUCAAGCCAGUCGAGGUUGGAGACUUGGUGCUUAUUGUAGAAGAGAGAAGUCGUAACGGAUGGACCAGAGGGCGUGUAGUACAGGUUACCAUGGGGCGUGAUGGAAGAGUACGGGAUGCUGAAGUGCAGACUGCACUUGGCCUGGUGCGCCGGCCAGUGACGAAGUUGGCGCAGCUGGAUGUAGCGGAAGGUAAAGCCGGACCGGAGAUACCUGACCAGCCUUACGGGUCGGGGAGGUAUUGCGGAGUGCGCCAGUCUAUUGCCCUGAUCUCUACAGCGGAAUGA